AUGUACAAACAUUACUUUACCUUUCUUAUACAACUUUCAUUAUCACUAUUUCUAAAUGUGUGUUCAAUUCAAGUUAAAGUAACUGAAGGCAUCUUGGAAGGUGAAAUUGUAAAUAAUAAGUAUGGGGCUCCAUUUCAUAGCUUCAAAGGUAUUCCAUUUGCGGCCGCACCAAUCGGCGACCUUCGAUUUCAGACCCCUGAGCCAGCUUUGACUUGGGAUGGAGUGAGAGAUGCAAAAGUUGAAGGAUCAGUUUGUUUUCAUUAUGAUUUGCUUAAAGUACGACACCCUUCACACCAAGGGAGUGAAGACUGCCUGUUCCCCAAUGUUUACUCUCCAAAUGUAACAACAGAAGUUCCAUAUCCUGUUAUGGUUUGGAUACACGGCGGUGGAUUCAUAAGCGAUAGUAGUGACGAAUAUAAACCAGAGUUUAUUUUAAGAAAAGAUGUCAUCCUCGUCACUAUCAACUAUAGGUUAGGGGUAUUAGGUUUCCUUAGUUUGGAAGCUGAGGACAUUCCUGGAAACGCUGGCAUGAAAGACCAAGUAGCAGCAUUAAGAUGGGUAAAAAAGAAUAUUAAAGAUUCGUAA